GCUAUGCUCUCCGGGGAGAAUGUCGUGCAAUGGCCUCGUCGCAAUGCCGUCGAUGACAUCGAUUCUUGCCAAGCGCGCUGGCUGCUACACAUCGAUCCGUGGUAAGUGCCUCCUCGCGACAGCGGCCGCGGAAUUUCCAGCGCGGAGCAGCAGCGACGUCUCGGUUCCUGGCCAGGGAUUUCGCAACCGGCCGCAGCGGGUUCCCUGGGGCAGUGAUUUCUGGGAGAGAGGGAAUGGAGGCGAUAGAGGACGGGAAUUUAGUGAUAGAGAUGCUGGCGGAGCUGUGGAAGAAGGAGGUGUGCCAUUCAAGGACCCGAAGAGGACACCCAGGAAGCCGAGGAAGAGGCUCCAGCAGCUCCCACCGUAUGGAAAUCCGCGAGAAUCGGACAUUAGAUUCUCGAGGAGGGAGAACGAGAUUGGGAGAGCGACGAAAAUUCUCUCGUCCUUGAAUGAAGCUCCUCCAAAGAGUGCUGUUAUAGAACGCUCCAGUGAUAGCACCGCCGAGAGAGACGAGGGUGGUUUUCCGGACGAGGCUCCAGCGUGUGCCGUGAAGCAAAUUCCUGCUUAUCCGACCACCAUCUAUGGCCACCCGAUCGAGCACUGGAGAGUCAAAGUUUUGGAGAAGAAGAAGGCCAGAGCGGCAGAGCUAGCGAAGCUGGACGCCGACUUGGAUGAGAGCGUUUAUCUCAACGAGGAGUGGAAGAGAAAAAGGAUACACUGGCUGUGCACCGAGAUUCCUCGCCUGGACUCCAUGCAAACCGUGAAGAUCUUAAACUCGCAGGUGAAGUGGUUACAUAACAAGGACAUAUCCAUCGUGUGCCAUCGGCUUCUCAGCAUCGACCACUUCAUUCGAGCUCACAGGGUUUUCAAGUGGUCGCAGCAACGUCCAUGGUUCGUUCUCGACUUUCAGCUCGCCAGCAGGAUGUCCGAGCUACUCGGCCAGACGGGAAAAGUCGGAAGAGCUCGCGACUUGUUUGAUAUCAUCAUCCAGUACGCUUAUGUUCCCAAGGAAUCCACCUACAGCACUCUCAUCAAGUCUUAUUUACAGGAUGGCAGAUACAAAUACGUCGACGAGGCUUGGAAGCUCUACAACCGGAUGAGAGAGUUUGGAGGAUACGAACCCCCGGCGAUUGUCAAGCACUCGCUCUUCAAGUUUUUGACGGAGAGUGGGAAGGCGAGCUUGAGGUGGGCCGACAGAGCUAAUGCCGUCUUCAACAGCAUCCGGGAGUGUAAUCUUCCGUGCACGACAGAGAUGUACGAGACUCUAGUGAUCAUCCACGCCGUGAAGGGAGACGAAGCACGAGUCCAGUUUCUAGUUGACGACAUGAAGUCACAGGGUCUGGAGCUCUCUCCGUUGAUCUUUGGAGCACUUAUCCGGGUGUGCUCCAAGAGUGGCAACUAUGUCAAAGCCGAGAAGCUCUUCGAGCAGCUGAAAGAAACGCAGGAAGAGCUCGACUGGCACUACUACAUAGCCCUCAUGGAAGCUUACGGCAAGGCAGGUCUCCCUGGCAAAGCUAUGGACUUGUUCAGGGAAACGGAAAACUCUCCGACUUUUCCAAAGUUUGCUCUCUUCAAGAUCAUCAUCGAGGUGAUGGCUAGCAAUGACCAAGUAGAAGCUACGGAGGAGCUCCUAGGCAAGCUCCACCCCAGCCUCUACAAGUUCCAAACUUUGCAGUCGGCUUUCAACGCAGUGAUGGAGAUGUACUCAAGGCUUGGCAAGUUCGACAAGGUGGACUCGACCUACGCGUACAUGUCCAAGCAUGGCUGCCGUCCAAACAGGGAAUCCUACCACUUACAGCUCCAGGCAUUCAUCGACAGUGGUCGCCUCGACAAGGCCGAAGAGCUUUACAACAAUAUGAUAGAGAGGAAGUGCCUGAGGCCAGACUUCAAGACGCACGGGAUAAUGCUGGGAGCAUACGGCAAAGCAGACCGGAAGGACAAAGUCAAGGAGAUCUUCAAGCUGCUGACUGAGCACCGGCAGCCAGUCCCGGAAGAGUUCCAGCCUUACGUGGAGGCGUCGGUGAAGACAACCUGGGUGGAAAAGGCGAAGCUCUACGUGAGACCGAAGCUCACGUCCACGCAGCGAGCGAUCCUAGCGGGAGUGCUGCUAGCGGGCACGCGAAUGACCGCAGCGUCCUACAACGGUGCGUGCAUCCACUUCGAGCAGGACGCGGAGAGCUACAAAGGCCAGGCUCUGAUACACAACUUGUACGAGAUCUUCACGGACUGGGCAGUGGAGACUCCCAAGGUGGUGGAGGACAGCGGCGGCCAAGGCAGGAAGCUCCACUUCCAGACGACGCCAAACGUGAAGUUCUACUUCUACUACCACCAGUACAGGCCGAACGGGGAGCAAAAGAUACCGCGCUUGGUUCACCGGUGGAUCCCCGAGCUAACGCUGGCCUACUGGUACAUGUAUGGCGGUCAUAGAUCUCUGGACGGCCGAUCGAUGGUUUUCAACGCGGAAGCUUACGAUCACAAGGAGCUGUGCCUGGUGGUGGAAGCCAUGUACGAGAGGAGGAUCCAGUGCCGGAUAAUGCGAGACGAGCGUGGCAAGCACUACCUCGAGAUUAGCAGCGAGUCGGCGGUGUGGCUGUGGAAGCUCGUCGCCGAGUACGUUCUCCCGGAGCUAAUUCCUCUGCUCAAGAUCGAGCCCACCUCCGAGCAAGUGCUCGAGCUCCCGGAGCCGACACAUCCAUUCUCCGGAGAAGAGACUGAUAGCGAGAAAGAAGACGAUCUUAGCGAGGAUCAAAACUUCCUUCCAUAGAUCUUGGAGGCAAAGAAGAAACUUCAAGGAGACAAAGAACAUCUAAACUUCACUGCCCUUCUUGGAGACAAA